AUGGGUUCCAACGACCAGGUCGUCGACUUCGAAAUUAUCGAACAAUCGAAGGAAAACAUCCAGUCUCUCCCCAGCGGACGCUCCGCAAGAGCACUCGCCCAGCUUUACACGCCUCCAUUGACUUCAGCCGCUGGCCAAACACCGUCGCCUUCGCAAAUGCAAGAUGCAAACAGCGCAACCCGUCUCAAGUUCGAGAAGGAGCUCAUGGCGAUUGACGACUCUGACGACCCCCUCGAUGUUUACGACCGAUAUGUCAAAUGGACGCUCGACGCAUACCCAUCCGCACAAAAUACACCCCAGUCACAACUCUGCCCGCUGCUCGAGCGCGCAACGAAAGCCUUCCAAUCUUCACCGCAGUACAAGAACGAUGUGCGCUAUCUCAAGCUCUGGCUGCAAUACAUUCAUCUCUUCUCAGAUGCGCCACGAGAGACUUUCGCCUACCUCGCACGCCACAGCAUCGGCGAGAAUCUCGCCCUAUUUUAUGAAGAAUUUGCGGCCUGGUUAGAAGGCGCAGGUCGUUUCACACAGGCAGAAGAGAUAUACAACUUGGGCAUUGACCGAGAGGCCCGCCCAGUUGAGCGCUUGAUUCGCAAGUACGGAGAAUUUCAGCAUCGUUUUGAGAGUCGCCCUCAAGAGGUUCCCGAACCUUCAAGCCCCGCACUCCCCGCCGUUCGUCCAGCCCUCGCCGCUAAAAUGGACCCCUUUGCGCAUGCAUCACCGAGUGCGCCGAGCCCACAACCACAAAGCCAGCCCAAAACUGCUGGGGGUGCUUCUCGCUCCGGAAAGCCCAAGCUUGCCAUCUUUUCGGAUGGUGACGAUGCCGCAAGACCUGGCUCGACUGGAAGCACGGAAGGAUGGGACAGCAUUGGAUCGCUCGCAGACCGCAAAAAGGAGAACACAACGGAAGCACGGCCUUGGGCUGGUGAGACUUUGAAGGUUGGAAAGAAGAACACUGGGGUUCCCAAGAUGUCUAUCUUCAAGGAUGAGACCAAAUCAAAUCCUAAUGACGAAAAUGUCAGCCCCCACCCAUUGCGUGAACAUCAACAGGCUGUCAACCCAAGGACUGGCAGGCUUGAAGUAGUAUUUGUAGAUUUAGAGCAAGUUUACCCUAACCACGAGGACCCCAUGUCGGAGGAAUACUCAUUUGAAGAACUGCGAGCUAAAUACAGAGGAUGGAUGGACCAUGAUUGGGAUGCCAUUCGCCGCAAAGAGCAGAUGCAGGCGAGGAAGGCGGCUGAAGAGGUUGAAGAGGCUGAAGUUGCUAAACGGCCAAAGCCCAAUGCCGCACCUCUAGCACCCAAACAGGAUUUCGAGCAGCCUCCUAAGCCCAAGACCGUACCCUUAAAAGGUAGCGUUGAUGAUGACAUGGAUAACGACGAAAACGCGCCACCUUCACAAGCAGACUUGGAGAAGGCAAGGGCAGCUAAGAAGGCUAGGCGGGAGGAGCGUGCCAAUCGGACUAGAAAGAUCAAGGUUAUGGAAGUCAAAGAAGUUCGCGGAGAGACUCAGACAAUCCAAGCCAACUUGGAUUCUCCAGCAAAGCCAAAGAUGCGGCGGAAGAAGACUGGUCUGGAAACGACAAUGACCCUCCACACCAAAGAAGCCAUGGACGAGAUCUACGAUAUAUUCAACGAACCGUUGAAGAAUGCCGAUGAGGAAGUCUCUGAGGUCCAGAGUGUUGAUGAGAGCAGUGGGGACGAUGAGGAUGACUAUACGAGUGGAGCCGAAAGUACUGCUACAGGUCGCAUAUCGUGCGCUACAAGCGAGUUUGGAGAUGAGACAACAGCUGGAGAUUUCACACUUGGCACCAGAGUUCUCAACACUGAGGAGGACGACGACGAGGACGACGAUGAGGAAGAAAGCGAUGCCGACGACUCGGACACCAAGAGUGUCUCUGCAUGGUCAGAGUUCACGGAGAGCAAGCAUGUGCCCAAGGAUCAGGAAGAUGGAUCAGAUGACGAGUCGGAGCAUUCGGAGCACUCUCAGGACGAUUCUUUUGACGACGUAACGCGCGCAGAUGUCGACUCGGAACAGCAACACGAGUCAGAUGUCGUCACUCCUACCUCGCCUUCAGCGCCUGCAUCGCUACCUACCCGCUUUGUCCCUGUGCCACCAGAGGAUUAUAAUCCAGCCAUGCAACCUUAUCGAGACCCGAUACAGACUGCGAAUAAUCGAUUGCCAUUCAUGACGCCUAUCGUCGAGAAGACAGAGUCGUCCUUGGGCAUCGCCACUGCUUAUGCGCAGAAGGAUUACUUCACUGCCGCCACGAAGACACCGUCACGAUCGAAAGGUACAGCUGGCAUUCUUGAAGACGACGAUGAGGAUGAGGACGAUACUUGCAGUAGCCCCUUCGCAGAUCUUCUAAGUCAGGUUAUUGACGGCCCAGGGAAACUCGCGAAACUCGCCCUGACAGAGUCGAAGCCGGUACCUAAAGAGCCCACCACCGAACCGCAACGAAAACCGUUGGCUGCAAAAGAGGUCCCAGCUAAAGCGCCAAAGGUCAACGGCCCGAUCAUCAAAGACGCGCAGUGUAAUCCAGUGGAUGAGAGCGUCCGCAAGACCAUUCUGCAAGAAAUCCAGCCCCCACUUGAUAGCUACGAUGGUUACUACGCAGACACCGAAGAGACCUAUGGAAAGGGUGCUGAUAUACGAAAGUACACCAAGUCAGUGUCCAAAUUGGGUAAAGGAGAGAAGACUUCCACGAAUCCUCCUCUUUGCCCUACUCUGCAAUUCCCAGGAACAAAGCGGACAUAUACCGUCAAACGUGAGCUUGGGAAAGGAGCCUUCGCUCCAGUGUAUCUGGUGGAGAGCCAGGAUCCUGAAGAUGAGGAAGAUGAGAACAAGCCUUCGCAGAUGGGCAGGGGCGAGUUCGGCUUGAAGCGGAAGGAUCUGGAAGCAAUCAAGAUGGAGGAUCCACCAACGCCAUGGGAGUUCUACAUCAUGCGACAGGCCAAGAGACGACUAGGUGUAUCCCGAGCGGCCGAUUCGAUCGUUCACGCGUACGAGAUGCACGUCUUCAAAGACGAAUGUUACCUCGUUGAGGAGUUUCGAGAUCAAGGUACGCUGCUUGACUUGGUGAACCUUGCUCGUGGAGAGAAUGGUGUCAUGGACGAGCAACUUGCCAUGUUCUUUACUAUCGAGUUAUUCCGCACGGUCGAGGCGCUCCAUUCAAAGGGUGUAAUACACGGCGACCUCAAGUCGGACAACAUUCUCGUGCGAUUUGAUUCUUUACCAAAGGAUAAGCACUGGGACUCAGAGUACAAACGCGAUGGACGUGACGGCUGGUCUGCAAAGGGUAUCUCGCUGAUCGACUUCGGCCGUGGUAUCGACAUGAAGGCCUUCAAGCCAGAUGUCCAAUUCAUCGCAGACUGGCCCACGACAGAAGCCGAUUGUGCAGAGAUGCGCGAAUUGCGUCCCUGGACCUACCAGAUCGAUUAUCACGGCCUCGCUGGCAUAGUUCACAAUCUGUUAUUUGGCAAAUACAUCGCUACAAUCGGUGAACGGGGCGCCACUCUUGGUGCUGGCGCAACCAAAACGUACAAGAUCAAGGAGAGUUUGAAGCGGUAUUGGCAAACGGAGAUUUGGCACGAGUGUCUCGAUCUGCUUCUGAACCCGCUGAUGCAUCUUGAUGGCGAAGAGGGGAGGAAGAUGCCGGUACUGAAGGGUAUGAAGGAGGUGAGGGAGAAGAUGGAGACAUUCCUCGAAAGCAAUUGCGAGAAGGGUAUCGGCUUGAAGGUCCUCAUAAGGCGUAUGGAGGAAGCUGUUAAGAAGCGGUGA